CAUGUCGUGUCCGCGCCGAGCGACCAGCACGCGCGCUCGUCAAUGCAUGCACAGGGACAGGGACAGGGACAGGGACAGAGACAGGCACCGAGGGAACAAGGGAGUAGCGUGGGUGCAUCGGCGAUGGGCCGGGGCAGAGGAGGAGGAGUAGCGCUUGGCGGGCCUUUGUUGAGAGGACAAGACAGAGAAGGGGGUAUUCGAGCUAGAGGCGCAGCAGCAGGAGGCGUCAGAUCAGCCAAUGGACGGCUGCCUCAGGCGCCCGCCUCGCUGCUGGUCCAGCUGCCACCAGACGAGCUGCGAAGGAUGGCCGAAAGCCGGGGCAUGCUGCCGCCCGCUGCUUCGAACAACAAUAUCGAGGACCUGGCGCAGAUGACGCCCUCCGACAUCGACGUCCUCGCUCGAAGCGUCGUAGCGCGCCGGCGGCGGGACCAGGAAGUGUUUGCGUGGCAAAAGCGCCUCAUUGAUGGAGAUGAUGGGAGGGAGGGCACCGUCGAUCGUUCGACGCUCAAGAGAGCACUAUGCCACUUGUCUUGCACCUCGUGGCUGCAGGUCCUCCAGGAGCGCCACCUCGCGCACCGAUGCGCCUACCCGACAUGCCCAAAUGCUUCCAAGCGGCCGCCGCUCUCGGCUGCAUCGACGAGCCUCCUACCGAUGGAUGCGCCUCGCUACCGAAUCUCGCUGGCCAAGCGCACGAUCUCGAGGGAUGACCGCGACGAUGCCGGGGGUGAAAACGGCUAUUGCGGGAAAAGUUGCUGGCGGAGGGGAGAGUGGGUCACCCGAUGGGUCCUGACGGACGCGGGCGGCGAGGCGAGGGGCCAAGAGGCAGCAGCUCCCUUGUCGUUCUCCUCCUCCUCCUCGUCGUCGUCAUCAAAGAGCGGCGUCCAGAGCUUGAAUCCAAAGAUGGGUCAGUGGACUUCUUCGACGGCGGACGCGGCUCCCAUCCUCGACGGCGCAGCGGGUGGAGGUGGUCGGUGGGAGGAGAUGAUCAGACAGUCAAAUGGCGCUGGGAGAGAGCCGGAGCCAGAUGAGGAGGCGGCGUGGAGGAGCAUCGAUCUGAUGGAAGACAUGGAGGAUCGAGGUGAGGUGGAUCGACUGCCAGACGACAAGGUGCAGGAUCGUCAGCCAGCAAGAGCAUUAGACGCCGUAUCACCUCCUUCGAAGACAACUUCUUCACCAACAACUUUGGCGGCGACCAAGCCAAAGGCUCAAGAAAAGGGAGUUGAUCGGUCAAAAGUCAUGGCCAAGUCACCAACGGGUCAGCCUGUCGCUGCUGCCAAGAGGGGCAGUCCAGCGGGCCCAACGCAGAACCAACUGGCGGCCUUGCUCGAUUCCCUGACCAUCUAUGAGCGUCCACCAGGCGGGCUAGCUACCGUGCCUGCCUCGACAGCUGAGACAGGAGGAGAGGAGGGCGGUGGGAAAGACGAGAAGCAAAAGCAGCUGGCUCCGGUGGCCCCACACGGCAACGUCGAGGACGACGAGGACGACCAUGAGGAAGCAGAAGAGGAACCGCUCAGCGAAGAGGAGCUCGCACGGCGAGCAGAGAUUGACAUGAUGUUUGAGCUCGGCCUGCAGGCGAUGGAGCAGGAGAAGCAAAGGGGCACCUGGCAAGACUGACGGACAGGCCAAGCAAGUCGGUGUGAAUAAAACGUUAGCAACGGUGCAUCUUCUAUCGUCGACGCUUCACGGUGCCUCUUCUCCCGUCCUUCGAGGCGUCUUUUCGUGGCCCAAGCGCGCACGCGCUCUCUUUCAUUCUCUUGCUUUCCAGUGUUUCUCGUCUGCAAUUUUAUUCUCCACUUCUUCC